UCCGGGAAAAAAAUGUCUUCUUUCGAAACUUUCUUCCUAGUAAAAGUUGUAGAUCCUAAAAACUUUAGCAGAACAAAAGAAAAUCACGACGGACGAAUCACCAAGUGCAAAGUUAUGAUUGUUUGAAGUCCUUAACCUAAAUUAGAAGUAGAUCGCAGGGCUGCUGAGCAGCAAUCUGGGUGGUUUACCAGGAUCAACUGUGAACCAUAAUAACUUUUUUGGUUGUUCAAGUGUUUCGACCACGAUCUGACUCUUUCAUUUGUGGUUCGCUCUAAUGUCAAGCGAACCUCUACCUAGUUCAAAGAACACGAUCCUUAGGAAGGAAGUAACCAGUCCAGAGAACAUACCACCAGGGGAGCAAUGAUUGUUUAGCAAAAUCUAUUAUUUCAUCGCAUGUAUCGUCCUCUUGUACUAAUUCAUACAUCCAAAAGUAAAGCUCCUCUCUAUUUUUGCCAAAUUAGAGGUUAAGAAACAAAUUUCCCAACUAAUAAAAGUCGUCCUCCAUUUCAGAAGAAGCUUUAUUUGGUGUUCGUAUCCAGCGGGGUUUUAGUUCAUUUUUACCCUUUUUUUUUUUUUCUGGCUUUCUCACUUGAACGACGACGUGCAUUUUGGGCUCUUACCCUUUGUUGGCUUUUGUUAAAGAUGGGAUCUUUGUCGUAACUUUGCAAAAAGGAAAGAGACGAGAUCAGCUUUAUAUCUCUCCCAACUUCCCUCCCACUAUGCACAUGAACAACACUUCCCAAACCCUACCCUUCUCUUUAUAAUUUGGAACCUUCAAAUUAUAAAUGUAUAAGCUAGGCUGGACUCUCUCAUGUUAUCGUUUCUGUUCCAUCGAUUGUUCUGUUAAUAUUUAUGUAGAUAUAUAUAUAUAUAUAUAUAUAUAUUGGUUAAAUCGCGCUAUGAGAAUCCGGAGUUGAAAUGCAUAUUUGAGUGUGGUUUUUAGGAUCAACCUCACACAGUGUGGGAUUUGGGUACAAAUACUAUGGUUGAAAGAAAAAGAAACAUGGUAAUUGGAAUGUGUGUUUUCUCCAAAUACUACAAAUGUGGUUGAAUAGAAAUACUAGGGGGGGAGGUCUAGUAUUUGUGAAAUAUCAUGAUGUUUUAUUUUUUUUAUUCACAUUCUGUCCUCCUCGUUUUUUAUAUAAAUCCAGAAAAUAGUUUUGUUAUUCUUCCCAACUUUGGUGUAAAGGUUUUCUUCAGUUACAUCUCGGCGAAUUCAUCUUCACAUUAUUCCUGUUUGUCAUCUUUCCACGGCUUCCAAUGAGUCUAAUGAGCUCUUGUUUUGAUUCAUUUCUCGAUUGUUAGUUAGAGACCCGUCCGGGCUAAUAAUUACCAUAAUCAUCGACAUAUUUUUUGCUCUCACUUUUGCCGUAUACAGCGUCGUAGAAGUCUCUGAGAAUACGUAACCUCAAAUCUAUGUUUUCACAGGAUUAGAAAAGUAGAAGGUUGAUUUAUUUAUUUAUUUAUUUAAUAAGAAAAGAGUAAAUGGAUACUUAACCAAUUUGGAGUGAACUACCACAACCAUAAUCCCAUGUUUUAACCUCUAUCAAAUAUUAUAUAAGAAGAAAUCACACAUAUCAAAUACUAUGAUAUUGUUAAAAAUAAAAAUAUUAUCUACAAAUACUAUGAUUACACAAUAUAUUAUUUUGGUAAAACUCGUACAAGAUGUUAAUUAAUAAAUAUAAAGCUUAAGUAGUGUUACUGUUAAUUAACUUUCCAUAGAGGUUUGCUAAACUACACAACUCUUAUUUAGUUUAGUAACCUAUCCAGAGGCGGAGCUAGGAUUCGAGCUUCGGGGGGCAGGAAAUUUUUAUUCGUAUUACCGUAAGAGGCAAAAAGCACAAAAAUAUAAUUCCAACUUUAAAAAGAGUACUUUUAAUCAUCAAAAUUGCCCAAGACACUUUUUUAAGACAAUUAGAUUUACUUCAAACACGAUUUAAGACGAAUAAAUUAUCAUGUCAUUUUGACUAUAAAUGAGUUAAUUACCAACAAAAUUAAUAAUACAUUCCAAUACCUAACAUGUUUCAUGAUUUUUAUAGCUGAAAAAUCAAUGUGUACAAUCUAUUACAAGAAAAAAUUUACUCAUUGUAUAUUCAAAAUAGUCCUUAAAACAUGUAAUGUAAAGUUUACACAAUUUUCUAGAGCUAAAAAUGAAAAGAGAAAAAAACUCAUUAUAUAUAUUCAAAAGAGUAUUUAAAACGUGGAUUGAUUUUAAGUAAAAGAUAUGAAAACUAGAUAAUUAUAUUGAAUUUUCGUGCCAAGUACAAGUAGAAAACAAAAAAUGUUAAAUAUGUCUGUCAUGAGUAUCGAACCAGCAUCCCCCUGAUUUAUUAAGCAUGUCCUUUCGUUAUGCUGCACUGGUAAAUGUGUUAUGAUUAGCGACUACUCUUUUAUGUUUUACUUUCUGUUUAUACGUAAUUUUCAAAAAUCACGAACAACUUAUACGUAACUUUCGAAAUUUUCGGGGGAGGCCGGGGGCCCCCGAGCCAUAGUGUAGAUCCGCCCCUGAACCUAUCAACUAAUGGAACCAAACAAAUUAGUAUUAUUCAAAAAGUCAUUAAUUUGUUGAGCUACCCUUUAACAUAGAUUUUUAUCUUAGAGUGCCGCACAUAGCAGAGCUUUCACCGCUGGAUCUUGAACAGUUGAACCAAGGGAAUUUUUUUUUAUCUUUGUCCAAUCAUAUUGUAUGUUCUCCUGACAUACUACUCAAAUAUGGGAACAACAACGAACUAAACCAUAUAAAAUAAAUGUACCACUUUUUAAAUACUUUUGCGGUUUUUCCAAAUAAUUAUUAUGUCAACCGUUAGCUCACUUGAUCACAAAAAGCAACAUAUCAUGAAAAUGUCAGACACACAAAUUAGCAAACAUGCCUAUAAGCGAUGAUCCAAAUCUCAACUACAACCUAGUGUUUUAUGUUUUUUCUUAAUGUGCUUCUCGGUGGAGCAUGACAUUGGAUCUAUGCAUAACAAACGGUUUUUCUGUAUUGGCAUUACUUACCCAACCUUUUUUAUUACAAAAAUUAUAUUUUGGCCAUUUUUCAUGUACUUCUCGACACACCUCUUGAUUUAAGAACAAUUAUUGGAAUUGAAGAGUAAUAAGCUUUGUGGUGUCAUUAUGAGAUCCUUCCUAGAUGCUCAUCUUUCUUUCGAUGAGAGACAAUUAUAAGUCAUUACUUCAUGCAUUAUUUGACGUGCUUAUUAACAGCUUUGUGUGGAAAACAAAAUUAGAAUAUUAGAGUGAGUGAAAAGGGCAAUAGGAAAAUGAUACAGAAGAGAUAUCUUAUAUUCAAAUUAAUUGUGUUUUUCAAUUCCUACUCGUUGAACGAUAAUGGUCCUCCGACUUUCCUAAUCACGGUUAAUUUCUAGUUACUAUUUAAAUAUAUAACAACUAAUUUAAUCUUUCGUGUAAUAGUAGUAUCAGUUUAGAAUCAUGUGGUCAGUUGCCCUCACCCUUAUCACCAAUUUAUUUGGAUAAUGUCUAUUUUUUAUCCAAAUCUUUUUCAGAUUCUUUUAUAUUAUUCAAACCUAUUAAAAUGCUAUUACUUAGCCAAAUCUUUCGUAAUAUAUCAAAAUAUUAGCCAUUUGUACGUUAUCGUUAAUAAUUUUGUAACUAAUUCUUAGUGAAAAUACUAAAAUUUUGGAAUGUUGAACUUCAUGUGUCUCUUCCAAGUCAGUAUCAUGUUGCUAAUUCAAUAUUACUAACAAAAUUGCUAACUGAAAAUUUAACAUUUGACUAAUUCUUAGUAUUUCAAUAAAUUUGACUAAUAAAAAAAUUGAAAAAAAUUUCACUAAUAAAUAGUCAUUCCCCAAUUUAUUUCAAAACAAAUUCUGCUUGCCCGAUGUUGCUACUUUAGUACUUUUCUUCUAGUUUACGUCUCUAAAAAGUUAAUAGAAAGUCAAACUCGGUGGUUCACUUCUUUUUUAAAGCUUCUUCAAUUUUCUCAACUUUGGAUUAUUGUCAAUACACUUUUAGAGUAUUUGGAUUAUUUAGAACUCUAGUAUGAAGGAUUCAUUUCGACUAUGUGAGAUUUCUUGUCAAUACAAUUGAUUUGUAAUACUUCAAUGUUACCAAGAAUCACAUCCAAUAUCAUUACCCAUGGGACAUCAGUUACAGUAUGUAGCAGAUUACAAGAGUGGUGAAAUAAUCCUAAGAAUUGUCAUCCAAUCUGGAGGGAGUAAAUUCCUAGCUAACGAUUUGGCCACUCAAUCCGCUCUCUUGUUUAGCUUGCGUCCGAAGAAAGCCACCUUGAUUAAGCCGUUGCGCAUAAGGAUGUCUUGGAUAAUCCCUAGCCAUGCAGGAGGGUCAGAUGCAAGGGCAAGAAUCAGGGUGAGACAAUCCGAAUGGAGAAGAAAUUUGAUUUGUUUUUGGGUGAAACUAGGCACAGCCACCUCUCACAAUCGAUCACCAAUCGGUUAGACUAGUUAGAGCUUGCGUCCGAAGAAAGCCACCUUGAUUAAGCCGUUGCGCAUAAGGAUGUCUUGGAUAAUCCCUAGCCAUGCAGAGGGUCAGAUGCAAGGGCAAGAAUCAGGGUGAGACAAUCUGAAUGGAGAAGAAAUUUGAUUUGUUUUUGGGUGAAACUAGGCACAUCCACCUCUCACAAUCGAUCACCAAUCGGUUAGACUAGUUAGACUUUUCAAGAGAGAAAUAUAUAGAACUCAUAGUAGCCUAUCAUAUAUAAUAAGCGUUUAGCAUAAUAUAGUAUUUUUUGGUCAUCAUACCCAGGAGGAAAUAUAAUAUGAUUAAUCACCUUUGACUUCUGUUUUGUUCCUCUUUAGCCAUUGCUUACUUAGUUAAAAUAGUUUGGUAAUCUAUUUGUACCCAUGUCCCUGAAGUUGACUGACAUCAUGUUGUGUGGCGGAAGCGUUUUAUUCCAGAGCAUAGUUUGUUAGUUGUUACUAAGUUUGUUACUUUGGUUAGUCAUAUUGAACUGUAUAAUUCGAAUCACUAUUAAAUAAGGAGUUCAUGUACCGUAAUGACCAACAAUAUAAAUUCAUGUACUGUUAUGACCAAAAGUAACGUUCAUGUACAGAGUGGACCAAAUCAUGAAAGUUCAAGGGUCAAAUUGACCGUCUUGAAUUGUUAUAAUAAUUUCAUUAUGACUAAAUUUUACUAGACCCUCUUUCUACAUAUUAUUUUUUCAAAAUUUUCUCAUAACUCAUCACCAAAACCUUAUUGCCAAUAUUAUUUUCAAAUUUUCUUCUCCUUCAAUUUUCUCAUAAUUCGUCAUGCCACACUAUUCCUCGUCUUAUUUGUCAACUUUUUUCGUCUCAACAUUGAGACUAAACAGGAUCUAAUGAAGAAACUGAACACAUAAAAUUAUCAACUUUAAUGAUUUCUCAAAAUUGCCAACUAAAGCAUGUUUUUGUUUUUCAUGAUAUUGUGUUUGUACCCGUUAUUGUCACAACAAUACCGGAACACAUUACACAUGCGAUAAUAAAAGUGUAGACAAAGUAGAAGGUUUUAUCAAGUUGGGCUCCUCAAACUAUAAUCAUUAGAUCAACUAGUGACCUCUAAAGGAUUUUAGCUCGCAAGUUAACCUCGAGGAGCCACAUAGUCAAACUAGUUCGAGAGCUUUAAACAAAUCAGCACACGGGAUCACGAGUUCUGCUCAACACGUCACUGAGCAGAACUAGGUCAAAGUUUGCCUCAUUAAUCCCAAGUUAACUCGCUGAAUUACGAUUUGAAUGACAAACAUGUUUUUCUCGCGUCAAAUUGCUUUCGAGGCUGCAGUGAAGUAACACUUGCUACUUUCUAAAUUUUUAUCCUUUUGCCUGUUUCGUGUUAUUUCUAGACUCCGCUCCUCCAGAAUCGACACCCGGAAAGUGCCAGAAGCUCUCUCUAAACUGUAACAUAAAUUAAUCAUUAAAACAAAAUUGACGCUGACUGGGAUUUCUGGAACCAACUUAAUUUGUUACUUACUAGAAAGCUCCUCCAUCCAAUCGACUAACUAUAUGCGUCCUAUUAUUUAACAGCGAAGCUUCGGCGUUAGCUUUCUUCAGUACUAGACCAGCGCUCCCGAAAAUUGCGCCAGUAAAGGAUACAGAGAAUCCCGGCGCCGGCGACGAGGAUGGCGGAGGAGAAGCUUUACCCGAAAGCGAGUUGGGAGUACGAGAAUGCGGUGGCGAAAUGCAAGCGGAAGCUCAGAGGCCUCGUCGCCGAGAAGCACUGUGCUCCAAUCGUCCUCCGAUUAGCAUGGCACUCUGCUGGAACGUUCGAUGUUGAGACGAAGACGGGCGGGCCGUUUGGGACAAUCAGGCAUGGGGAGGAGCUAGCCCACGAAGCCAAUAGUGGGCUGGACAUAGCAGUUCGGCUUUUAGAGCCCAUCAAGGCCCAGUUCCCCAUCUUGACCUACGCUGACUUCUACCAGUUGGCCGGAGUUGUGGCCGUCGAGAUCACCGGAGGGCCAGAGAUUCCGUUCCAUCCCGGAAGACCAGAUAAAUCUGAACCCCCACCAGAGGGACGCUUGCCUCAGGCUACUCAAGGCCCGGCCCAUUUAAGGGAUGUGUUUUACCGGAUGGGCCUUUGCGACAAAGACAUAGUCGCUCUAUCCGGUGGCCACACUCUGGGGAGGUGCCAUAAGGAAAGGUCUGGGUUUGAAGGGCCUUGGACCAGCAAUCCUUUGAUCUUUGAUAAUUCAUAUUUCAGGGAACUUUUGAGUGGGGGGAAACAAGGCUUGAUUCAGCUUCCAACCGACAAAGCUCUUUUUGAGGAUCCAACAUUCCGUUCUUUAGUUCAUAAAUAUGCGGCUGACGAAGAUGUUUUCUUUGAAGAUUAUGCGAAUGCUCAUUUGAAACUCUCCGAGCUCGGGUGGCCUUGAUAGUCAAAGAGCGAGAGAUGAAACACAAUCCUAUGCUGAGGGAAAAGAAUUACUACCUAUGAUUCGCAGCUGUAAACGUUGUACUUUCCUACCACUUCUAUGUUGGGUUGAAUAAUGGCGCGCAAAAUCACAGACUACUUUGGCUUGUGGAACGGUAUUUUGUCUUUCAACAGCUUUUUCCUAAAUCCAAACGGCAACUUAGAGCUGUUGACACAAGCACAUAAAAUACACCAAACUUCCUGGGAAUAUAAAAUUUCGACCGGACAAUGGAAUAAUUGAGCUUAAAAACUCAUAAACUACUUCAACCUGCAAUAUUAUAGGGUAGGAUUCAUGCUAUUUGCUACAAACCAACACAGUGCUACACCAUCACGCCUGUAUUUUAGAAGAUCCAACAAAAACCACAAACAACCAGACUUAAAACGACAUUUUUGCUGGAGUGGUAACAAACAGCUAUCAAAACC